CCUGACGCUGGCGGGGUAUUGCGCGUUGCCGCUGCGUGUGAACCAAGGGAGGGCUAGCUUGUAAUAAGGAAGCGGGCGCGAGCGCCCAGACGAGCAAGGCUGAGAGCGACACGGCAAGUCUAGCGCGCUGAACGCCCGUCCGUCUCGGGAACCAAAGGGGAAAUUCCCUGCUGGAGCGCCUUUGGAGUCUCCGCUCCAGGCAGAGAAAUGGUGCGGGCGACCUUCUUUAUUACGCAAUCUGUUUAACAAGGACUCUUUGCAUCAGUAAAUAUCCAGCCACGCCACAAAGCCUUCUACUACAUUUAACUGCAGUCGGCCCCGUUCCUCUGGGCAGACAUGACACUCCAAGCUGUGCUAGAGACAGUAGAAAAUGGGAAGCAAGAUACUGUCCUUAAGGUGCUACAGACCUACAACCAGGAGAAUUCUCACUGUUUCACCUUUGAUGAUGAAGAACAGGAAGAAAGAAAGAAACUGGCCAUGCUUCUGAUCAAGUUUUUGGAGAGAGUUCUCCAGCCGUCUUGCCAAGUGACAUGCUUGGAAAGCAUACGAAUUCUGUCCCGGGAUAAAAAAUGCCUUGGCCCUUUCACCACCAUGGAAAGUUUGAAGACACUAGCCAGGCAUGCUGGGAUUGUUUACAGGGAAGAGCAAAUCCUGGAGGUUCCUGAUCUGGAUGUAAUUCUGGAGGCACUUAAGUGCCUCUGUAAUAUUGUCUUCAGUAGUCCCCGAGCUCAGGAACUGAUGGCUGAGGCUCGGUUUGUGGUGGGCCUUACAGAUCGCAUCAAACUCUACAAUGAGAGAAACUUCCCCCAUGACAUAAAAUUCUUUGACCUGCGCCUUCUCUUUUUAUUGACGGCACUAAGGGUGGAUGUUCGGCAGCAGGUUGCACAAGAACUUCGAGGUAUUGGUUUAAUGACAGAUACCCUGGAACUUACAUUGGCAGUAAAAUGGAUCGAUCCUCAUGAGGUAGCUGCCAAAGGGGAUCCUUCCCUGCCAUUACCUCGGCAGGAGACAGAGCGUGCCAUGGAGAUCCUGAAGAUCCUCUUUAAUGUCACUUUUGAUACCAACAAAAAGGAAGUGGAUGAGGAAGAUGCUGCUCUGUACCGACGUCUAGGUGCCCUUCUCCGUCACUGUCUGAUGAUUUCAGCAGAUGGUGAUGAUCGGACUGAAGAAUUUCACAGCCAUACAAUCAACCUUUUGGGCAAUCUGCCUCUCAAGUGUUUAGAUGUUUUGCUGACUCCCAAGGUCCACCGGGGCUCCCUUGAAUACAUGGGAGUCAAUAUGGAUGCUGUCAAUGUUCUCCUGAGUUUCCUUGAUCGACGUCUUGAUAGGGGUCAUAAACUCAAGGAGAGUCUUACCCCGGUGUUGAACUUGCUGACUGAAAGUGCCCGGGUCCAUCGACAGACAAGGAAAUUCCUUAAAACAAAGGUUCUUCCUCCAUUACGGGAUGUGAAGAAUAGACCUGAGGUGGGAAACCUGCUGAGAAAUAAACUUGUACGCCUCAUGACUCACAUUGACACGGAUGUGAAACACUGUGCUGCGGAGUUCCUGUUUGUACUCUGCAAGGAAAGUGUGUCACGGUUUGUGAAGUACACGGGAUAUGGAAAUGCUGCUGGUCUUCUGGCAGCACGAGGCCUCAUGGCUGGGGGACAAUCAGAAGGAGAAUACUCUGAGGAUGAAGAUACUGAUACAGAGGAAUACAAGGAAGCAAAACCCAACAUUAAUCCCAUUACUGGACGUGUGGAAGAAAAGCUUCCCAAUCCAAUGGAAGGGAUGACAGAUGAACAGAAGGAGCUUGAAGCAAUGAAACUGGUGAACAUGUUUGACAAACUCUCCAGGCAGCAAAUCAUCAGACCAAUGGGCCUGGAUCCUGAUGGCAAUUUAAGCUCUAUCAACGUAACCUCCUUGGAUGAAGCUGUUCAUCAGAUAGCUGAGCAGAGGUUAUCAUCUGAUUCUGAUUUGGAAAUAGACUGAGUCACCCUCCUCUAUUUUUCACAAAUAUAUGGACCUGCUAUUGUCUCUUAUAUCAGGACUGAUCUUCUGAUACAAACACCUGGAAAAAGACUUUCGGUGGCUUAGAUUCCUCCACCCAGAUCCAUCCAUUCUGCUUAGCAGCCCUAUAGCACUUCUUCUGUUGAAAGCUUUUUACAGCUUUAUUUUUCUGACUAUCUUUUCUCAUUGUUUAAGAGUCUCAUCCUCUGAUGCAUCCCAAAGACUUUCCAGCAGAUUGGCAAGGAUGCAAGAGAGGGUGGUUUCAAGUGAGCUUAUAGCACAUGAAACGCUUAAGCGUACAUACAUGUAGUCAAUUAUUUAGGAAGAAAAGUGUAUGAAUUAGGGACUUAUGUUAAUCCCUGGGCCAAGCACAACAUUUAAAAACUGUAUGUCAUGGUUGAUACACAUGGGAACUGUAGACAAAUAUGAAUGUGUAUGUAUAGUAUACAUGUCUAGAAAUAUAUGAUAAAAAUGUGUGAACAAAGUGUGCAUUUUUAUGAAUGUAUUGCGUGACAAUCAGUGUAGUUGCACACCAUUCCUUUUUAGAACACCUUAAGGAUGGUUGGAAAUAUUCAUGAAAGAGCCAUUGUUGAAAGUAUGACUGUGUGCAGAUAGUGUGUGUGUGUGUGUGUAGGUGCAAGGAAGUACGUUUAAUUAAAUAUGGAAAUGUAGGGUUUCUAGGGAAGAAAUGGACAACUAAAGACGGGACCCAACAAUUGCAGUUGAAUAAAGAGACAGAAAAAUGGACCAGCUUUUUUGGAUUCCUCUCCAGGCAAGGAGAGGACUUGGGAUUGCCCACACAUGGCCCAGACAGUUGCUCCUCAUGGUAGUGCCCAGCAUGUUUAGGGCUUUGGGAAAAGAGAGAGCACGAUCUUCCUCCAAACUGCAGCCCAUGUCUUUACAGACACAUGGUUCGCAUACUUUCUUUUUUAAUCACUUGGAAAUUGCUUACUAGCUGCUUUCAGAAUCCUUGGAACAACAGAUUUUACAGCGGUGGGUAAGUUUAGUUCAAUCCUUAGCAAAAGAAGUUUUAAAUUAAGUUUAAGGACUUUAAAAAAAACUUUUUGAUUAAAUAGCAAAAAAAAGUGAUUGGAACAUUGAUUUUUGGAAAGUUACAAAUGGAGUAAAGCUCCAGAUAAAUUUGAA